UUCUCUGUUUUAGCUCCUCCUUCCUGCAGGUGGAACUGUGGCUAUAACCUCGGCAGCUGUUCCUGCUCCAGCUCCUGUCAGUACAAUGGAAACUGCUGCCAUGACUACUACGAUUACUGCCACACAUACACACCUUCUCCUCCUGAAAGCAUAACAGUUGCUUCCUGCCGGUCGAACUGUGGCUACAACCUCGGCAGCUGUUCCUGCGCCAGCUUCUGUCAAUACUAUGGACGCUGUUGCCAUGACUACUAUGAUUUUUGCCAUGUUACAGCUACAACACCUACUGUGAACCCAACAGUUGGACUACCAUGUGGUGGAGAUCUGACUAACUCAAGUGGAGAAUUCUUCAGCCCCCAGUAUCCUAAUAACUACCCUAAUUAUGCAUAUUGCACAUGGACACUUCUGGCGUCAGAGACACAGGUUGUUAAUUUGACCUUCACGUUUGUUGAUUUGGAGGAAUGUUGCGACUCCAUCAGGGUGUACGACGGUCCCACUGCUGCUUACCCACUGCUGGCGCACUUGCCUCAAGAUAAUAGACAUCACUUCAGCUCCCCCAGGAACUACCUGACCGUAGUGUUCUCAAGUGACCACAAAGGAACUCGGCAAGGCUUUCGGGCACAGUGGGUGUUCUCAGAAAUGCCUUCCUGCAGGGGGAACUGUGGCUAUAGUUUUAGCCCAUGUUCCUGCACCAGCUCCUGUCCGUACUAUGGAAACUGUUGCCAUGACUACUACACGUACUGCUCGGCCACAACUGAACUACCCCCAGUGACUCGGCCCACCUGUGGAGGACACUUCUUUGAUUCUGGGUCAGUCUCCAGCCCUGACUAUCCAAAUAAUUACCCUGACAACGCACAUUGUGUAUGGCAGCUCUCUGCUCCUGCAGGGCAGAGAAUCUUUCUGUCGUUUGUAGAUCUUGAGCUGCAGCACUGCUGUGACUGUGACUAUAUAAACGUGUAUGAUGGCUCCUCUAUCGCCUCCUCACUGCUGGGCAAGCUGUGCUACAAUGACAUCACCCUCCGGGACUUCCGCUCAUCCUCCUCAUACAUGACUGUCCUGUUCAGGAGCGACGGCUCAGGAGUGGCUCGUGGCUUCAUAGGCUUCUUCAGCAGCUCUCUGCCCGAAAAUACAGCUAGAGUGGUCUGUUCCUCAGAGAACAUGACCAUUGUGAUUCAGAGAUCGUACCUGGACUCUCUGGGCAUCGGCUGGCAAAAUCUCUAUGUGGAUGACCAUCGUUGCAGACCCUCUGCCAACCGCUAUGAGGUGUUCUUCAAAUUCCCUAUUGACAUGUGUGGAACCAACAAAACGACCAAGAAUGGACGCGUUGUCUACAGUAACCACGUGCAGGCAGCACAAUCAAAGUCGGGCGAGAUCACACGGCAGGUCGAAGAGUUCCUGCUGAACGUGAAUUGCCACAAGGGGCAGGACACCACAGUGGGGACAGUCUGCAAGACCGAAGUGACGAUCAACAGCACCAUCACUGGCACAGGCCACUUUAAUACCAGCAUGGCCUUCUACCAUUCCAGAAGCUUCUCCUACCCUAUACUCGAAUUUCCCUACAAGGUCAGGCUCGAUCAGUACCUGUACGUUCAGGUGCAGCUCAGCAGAGCAGACAACACCCUGGACCUCCUGGUGGACAGUUGUGUGGCCUCUCCCAACCAUGACUUCCAGGCUCGCUCCUAUACCCUGAUCCAAAACGGCUGUGCGAAGGACAGCACGGUCUACAUUUACACCAACGGGAGGCAGUACUACGCUCAGUUCCAUUUCAGGGCCUUCAAGUUCCUGCGGACUCAUUCCUACGUCUUCCUGCAGUGUAGGGUGAUCGUCUGCGCUGACAGUGACUACAACUCCCGCUGCCGCCAAGGCUGCCGUAUGCGCAAGAAGAGAUCCCUCGACUCCUCCCACCACACUGAAACGGUCACACUGGGGCCAAUCACCCUCAAAGGUGCUGAGUCUGCUACCAAGGCGGAGAAAGAAGAAUGAGCUCACUUUUCUCCAUUUAGAAUCAAUCAAUCUCUUAUCUCUUCUUCAAAUGGAGCAUUUAUUUACUCACUUCUAUUAAAGCAUUCCCAAAAGGC